AGAAAGAAGAGAGGUGAACGAUCGUCGAAUGCCUUUUUUGCUCUGGUCGUCAGAGUUGAAGAUCCUGAAACCCAUAAAGUUUUUCUGAUCUGAUCUCUGGAAAAUGGGAGACCUCAAUGAUCCUUACAUGCGCAACAGAGACGCUGCGGUACAGGCCCGCGCCAAAGCUCAGAACCGCGCGAACGUUCUGCAACUGAAACUUAUUGGGCAGAGUCAUCCUACUGGUCUUACAUCAAAUCUCUUGAAGCUUUUUGAGGCCCGACCUCCAUUAGAAUAUAAACCCCCUCCUGAGAAGAGGAAAUGCCCAUCAUACACAGGGAUGGCACAAUUCGUGAGUAAUUUUGCUGAACCGGGAGACCCUGAAUAUGCUCCACCAGUGAAAACGGCUGAAACCUCAACUCAAAGAAGGGCUAGAAUUCACAAACUACGAUUGGAAGAGGGUGCAGCAAAGGCUGCUGAAGAGCUUCAGAAAUAUGAUCCAUCUAGUGAUCCAAACACAACUGGCGAUCCAUACAAGACAUUGUUUAUUGCAAGACUUAAUUAUGAGACUACUGAGCACAGAAUCAAAAGGGAGUUUGAAGCUUAUGGACCAAUCAAGCGGGUUCGGAUGAUUACUGAUAAAGUGGCAAAUAAACCUAGAGGUUAUGCUUUCAUCGAGUACAUGCAUACACGGGAUAUGAAAGCUGCUUACAAACAAGCUGAUGGGAGAAAACUUGAUGAUAGACGAGUGCUUGUGGAUGUUGAACGUGGAAGAACUGUUCCCAAUUGGCGACCUCGCAGACUUGGUGGUGGACUUGGAUCAACCAGGGUUGGCGGUGAAGAAGUCAAUCAAAAGUAUUCUGGGAGAGAGCCGCAGCAGAUUGCUUCAGGGGGACCCCCUAGGUCACAGGAGCCUAGGUCCCGAGAGGACCGUCAUGUUGAUCGGGAGAGGGAGAAGUCCCGUGAAAGGGGAAGGGACAGAGACUUGGAACGUGAGAGAUCUCAUGAGCGGUCCCAUGACCGGACAAGGGAUCGUGAUCCACGAGAAGAAAGGCAUCAUCGAGACCGUGAUAGGAAUAGGGACAGGGGCAGGGAGAGAGAACGGGGUAGGGAUCGUGAUCGUCGUGAUCGGGAUCGAGAUCGGGACCAUGGUCAUGACAAUGAGCGAGAUAGAAAUCGAGACCAUGAACGGGAUCGUGACCGUGAUCAUGGUCGUGAUCGUCCUCGAGAGCGAGAGGACUAUGAUCGUGGACGUGAUCGCAGUCGUAGUGAGCCAAAGCAUGAACGCGACCAUCUUGCUGAAAGUGAGAGGGAAUAUGAUCACGUGGAGUCUGAGAAGGACCGUGGGGGGUAUGAUCAUGUUGAGCGGGGACAUGGUUAUGAGCGUGUGGAACCUGACCGUGAGCACGGGCAUUAUGACCCUGGUGAGGACCAAGGUCAUGGAGGAUCUGAUCAUUUUGAGCCUAAGGACGAUCAGAAACACUACGAUCGGGAUCCUGAGCGUUAUGACCAGGUGGAGCCUAAGGAUUACCGGUAUGAUCAAGGGGAUAGAAUUCAAGACCGAGAACGAGAGUAUGAGCGUUCAGAAAGGUCUCUUUCGCGUGAAUUUGAGCACUAGGGAUGCAGGUGACUUGGUGAUUUCCUUCCGUUUGUUUUGGUUCUCCCACAAGGUCAAACCCAUUAUCUAGCUUUUUAGAGAGAAAACUGUACACACACAUGCACAUCAUCCUUUCUAAUUUCUGGUUGUGGUUUCCUAAUUUU